CUCAAGCGAGAGGAUCAUGGCGGAUGGCCCCAGGUGUAAGCGCAGAAAGCAGGCUAACCCGCGACGCAAUAACGUUACAAAUUAUAAUACUGUGGUAGAAACAAAUUCAGAUUCAGAUGAUGAAGACAAGCUCCAUAUUGUGGAAGAAGAAAGUAUUACAGAUGCAGCAGAUUGUGAAGGUGGUAUGCCAGAAGAUGACCUGCCAACAGACCAGACAGUGUUACCAGGGAGGAGCGAAAGAGAAGGGAAUGCGAAGAGCUGCUGGGAGGAUGAUGGAAAGGAAGGACAAGAAAUCCUGGGGCCUGAAGCUCAGGCAGAUGAAGCAGGAUGUACAGUAAAAGAUGAUGAAUGCGAUUCAGAUGCAGAAAAUGAACAAAACCAUGAUCCUAAUGUUGAAGAGUUCCUGCAACAACAAGAUACUGCUGUCAUUUACCCUGAGGCACCUGAAGAGGACCAGAGGCAGGGCACACCAGAAGCCAGUGGUCAUGAUGAAAAUGGAACACCAGAUGCAUUUUCCCAAUUACUCACCUGCCCGUAUUGUGAUAGAGGCUAUAAACGCUUUACCUCUCUAAAAGAACACAUUAAAUAUCGCCAUGAAAAGAACGAAGAUAACUUUAGUUGCUCUUUGUGCAGUUACACCUUUGCAUACAGAACCCAACUUGAACGUCAUAUGACAUCACAUAAAUCAGGAAGAGAUCAAAGACAUGUGACACAGUCUGGAGGCAAUCGUAAAUUCAAGUGCACUGAAUGUGGAAAAGCUUUCAAAUACAAACACCAUCUAAAAGAGCACUUAAGAAUUCACAGUGGAGAGAAGCCAUAUGAAUGCCCAAACUGCAAGAAACGUUUUUCUCAUUCUGGUUCCUAUAGCUCACACAUAAGCAGUAAGAAAUGUAUCAGCUUGAUGCCUGUGAAUGGGCGACCAAGAACAGGACUCAAGGCAUCUCAGUGUUCCUCACCAUCUCUUUCAGCAUCACCAGGCAGUCCUACACGACCACAAAUACGGCAAAAGAUAGAGAAUAAACCCCUUCAAGAACAACUUUCUGUAAACCAAAUUAAAACUGAACCUGUGGAUUAUGAAUUCAAACCCAUAGUGGUUGCUUCAGGAAUCAAUUGUUCAACCCCUUUACAAAAUGGGGUUUUUAGUGGUGGUGGCCCAUUACAGGCAACCAGUUCUCCUCAGGGUGUGGUGCAAGCUGUUGUUCUGCCAACAGUUGGUUUGGUGUCUCCCAUAAGUAUCAAUUUAAGUGAUAUUCAGAAUGUACUUAAAGUGGCAGUAGAUGGUAAUGUAAUUAGGCAAGUUUUGGAGAAUAAUCAAGCCAAUCUUGCAUCCAAAGAACAAGAAACAAUCAGUGCUUCAUCCAUACAGCAAGGUGGCCAUUCUGUUAUUUCAGCCAUCAGUCUUCCUUUGGUUGAUCAAGAUGGGACAACCAAAAUUAUCAUUAACUACAGUCUUGAGCAGCCUAGCCAACUUCAAGUUGUUCCUCAAAAUUUAAAAAAAGAAAAUCCAGUCCCAACAAACAGUUGUAAAAGUGAAAAGUUACCAGAAGAUCUUACUGUUAAAUCUGAGAAGGACAAAAGCUUUGAAGGAGGGGUGAACGAUAGCACUUGCCUUCUGUGUGACGAUUGUCCAGGAGAUAUUAAUGCACUUCCAGAAUUAAAGCACUAUAACCUAAAGCAGCCUGCUCAGCCUCCUCCACUCCCUGCACCGGAAGCUGAGAAGCCUGAAUCUUCGGCUUCAUCGGGUUCUGGAGAUGGCAGUUUGUCUCCCAGUCAGCCACCGUUAAAGAACCUCUUGUCUCUUCUGAAAGCAUAUUAUGCUUUGAAUGCACAACCAAGUGCAGAAGAGCUCUCAAAAAUUGCUGAUUCGGUAAACCUACCACUGGAUGUAGUAAAAAAGUGGUUUGAAAAGAUGCAAGCUGGACAGAUUUCGGUGCAGUCUCCUGAACCAUCUUCUCCUGAACCAGGCAAAGUAAAUGUCUCUGCAAAGAACAAUGACCAUCCUCAGUCUACAAAUGCAAAUGAAUCUAAGGACAGCACAAUAAAUCUACAAAGUCCUCUGAAGAUAACUAACUCUCCAGUUUUACCAGUGGGAUCAACCAUCAAUGGUUCCAGAAGUAUUACAUCCUCCCCAUCACCUCUAAACCUUUCUUCAUCCAGAAAUACACAGGGUUACUUGUACACAGCAGAAGGUGCACAAGAAGAGCCACAAGUAGAACCUCUUGAUCUUUCACUACCAAAGCAACAGGGAGAAUUAUUGGAAAGGUCAACUAUCACUAGUGUUUACCACAACAGUGUUUAUUCUGUCCAGGAAGAACCCUUGAACUUGUCUUGUGCAAAAAAGGAGCCACAAAAGGACAGUUGUGUUACAGACUCAGUACCAGUUGUAAACGUAAUCCCACCAAGUGCCAACCCCAUAAAUAUUGCUAUACCUACAGUUACUGCCCAGUUACCCACAAUCGUGGCCAUUGCUGACCAGAACAGUGUUCCAUGCUUAAGAGCACUAGCUGCCAAUAAGCAGACUAUUCUGAUUCCCCAGGUGGCCUACACAUACUCUACUACAGUCAGCUCUGCAGUCCAGGAACCACCCUUGAAAGUGAUCCAGCCAAAUGGAAAUCAGGAUGAAAGGCAAGACACUAGCUCAGAAGGAGUAUCAAAUGUAGAGGAUCAGAAUGACUCUGAUUCUACACCACCCAAAAAGAAAAUAAAGAAAACAGAAAAUGGAAUGUAUGCUUGUGAUUUGUGUGAUAAGAUAUUCCAGAAGAGUAGCUCAUUAUUGAGACAUAAAUAUGAACACACAGGUAAAAGACCCCAUGAGUGUGGAAUCUGUAAAAAGGCAUUUAAACACAAACAUCAUUUGAUUGAACACAUGCGAUUACAUUCUGGAGAAAAGCCCUAUCAAUGUGACAAAUGUGGAAAGCGUUUCUCACACUCUGGGUCUUAUUCUCAACACAUGAAUCAUCGCUACUCCUACUGCAAGAGAGAAGCAGAGGAACGUGAUAGCACUGAGCAGGAAGAAGCAGGACCUGAGGUCCUAACGAGUGAGCAUGUUGGUGCAAGGGCAUCUCCCUCACAGGUCGACUCAGAUGAGAGAGAGAGUUUGACUAGGGAAGAGGAUGAAGACAGUGAAAAAGAGGAAGAGGAGGAAGAGGAUAAAGAGAUGGAAGAACUGCAGGAAGAAAAAGAAUGUGAAAAACCACAAGUAGAUGAAGAGGAGGAGGAAGAGGUAGAGGAGGAGGAGGAGGAGGAGGAGGAAGUAGAGAUGGAAGAGGAGGAAGAAGAGGCAGAGAAUGAGGGAGAAGAAGCAAAAACUGAAGGUGCCAUGAAGGAUGAUGGAGCUGUAAAUCAAGUGAGCAGCUUAGAACAAAAAGUAAGUGAGGAUAGUGAGCAAGUGUCUGAAGAAAAAACAAAUGAAGCCUAAUAGUUUUUCUAGAAGGAAAAUAAAUUCUAAUUGGUAAUGAAGUUUGUUCUAUAUUAUACAUGCUUUUCAUGGAAACACAGUAACCUGAAUACUGUGAUUUCUGUUCACUACUGUGUAAAGUAAAAAUUUAAAAAAAUACAAAAUACAAAAAAAAAAAGAAAAAAAACACAAAAAAAUCCAGGUGUGCCUGAACCUCAGACCUAGUAAUUUUUUGUGCAUUUUUCAAAGUUAGGGACAAGUUUGAAACGUGAAGCAGAUUAGAAAACUUUAAUGACUCAGAAAGCAAAGAUGUAACAGGUUAAAGAAAACUGAUUAAACAUCUAGCACUGUUUCAUUUUAUCAGUAUUAAUUAUCACUCUUAUGUUGGUUUAUUCUUAAACUGUACAAUUGGGAGAAAUUUUAUAAUUUUUUAUUGGUAAACAUAUGCUGAAUCCACUUCAGUAUUUUAUUAUGUUUUUUUUUUAUGUGAGAACUUCUGCACUACAAAAUCCCCUUCAUAAAGAAGUAUAAUGCAGUUCCAAAUUGUGCUAACUACCUUUUAUAAAUUCAAUCUCAAAGGUAGUACUUUCUAAUAUUUAGAUGUCAGAGUAGAGUGUAUUCUCAUUUAAAGUGUAUUGUUAGCCUUAAGAAAGCAGCCAGUAGAAGGACAGAAGUUUCUUACUCGUGUGGUUUAAAAUAGAAUUCAAAAGAUUGUCAUUGGGUUCUGAUUGCAGGGACUAACAAUGUUAAUGCCGGUAAGGACAGCAGAGUCUUCACAAUCAGUGUUUGUAAUUGUGUUUGAGUAUGUGGUAACAAAUAUGAAGGAUAUGAUAUGAAGCUUUGUAUCUCCUUUGGCCUUAAGCAAGACCUGUGUGCUGUAAGUGCCAUUUAUCAGUAUUUUUAAAGGCUCUAACCUGCCUUCAUUCAAUGUGUGGCCUACAAUAACUAGCAUUUGUUGAUUUGUUUGUUUUAUCAAAAUUCCAAAAUAAAACUUAACCACUGACUGUCAGAGAAACUGAAACACUGGGACAUUUCAUCUUUUAAUUCCUCAGUAUCCAUUUUGUGUUAAUUAACUUUCAGAAUUUCUCUACAGAAAUGAAAGGGAAAUUUUCUAAUCUGCUUAAUCCAUGUACUUGCAUUUCUGACAUGGACAUGCCAUUGUUAUUUGUCUCAUAACUGUUUCCAAAUGUUAGUUAUUAUGGACCCAGUUUAUUAACAACAUUAGCUGAUUUUUACCUAUCAGUAUUAUUUUAUUUCUUUUAGUUUAUAGAUCUGUGCAACAUUUUUGUACUGUAUGUCUUCAAAUUUGGCAGUAUUAAUACCCUUCUUACUGACAUAUGUACUUUUAGUUUUAGAAAACUUUUAUAUUUAUGUGUCUUAUUUUUAUAUUUCUUUAUUUAUUACACAGUGUAGUGUAUAAUACUGUAGUUUGUAUUAAUACAAUAAUAUAUUUUAGUAUGAAAAUUUGGAAAGUUGAUAAGAUUUAAAGUAGAGAUGCAAUUGGUUCUCUUGCAUUGAGAUUUGAUUUAACAGUGUUAUGUUAACAUUUAUACUUGCCUUGGGACUGUAGAAAAGAAUUUAAAUGAGAAUGUAUUAGUUUUACAACUACAAUCAAGUCAUUUUACCUUUACCCAGGUUUUAAUAUAAAACUCUUACAUUUUGAAAUUCACUGUGUGACUAAUAGCAUGAUGCUCUGCAGUUUUAUUAAGAGAUAGCCUAACCAUAAAACUCAUUUCCUUAGUAAGCCAAAUUAGGAUAACCUUAUAUAAACAGUGUUGGGAACAAUGUUUAACAUUUUGUGCCAAUUUGUUCCUGUAUUCAUGUAUGUAAGUUACAAAAUCUGACUCUUCAUUUUUAAGUUCCUUGUUACACCAUGAUCAUUUUCUAGUUUUUUACCAGACUCCCCAUCUCACAAUAAAAUGCAUCAACAA